UCUAAUGCUGUCAUGCCGGCUGUCAAAAACCCGUACUUGUGGAUGCUUUAUGUAAAUAAGUCGACGUUCGAGGUACACAUUCUGCCCUAUACAAUUUCUGUACGAGACAGCAGGGGUUUCGAUCAAAGCACUGUUUGCAUUCUUGGUGUCCAAGUCCGGUCGUCUGGAUUUUAUAUUAUGCCAUUCGGACACUUUUUGCAUGAAACAAUGAAUCAGUUAGACAUGGUCCUGCAGGAAAGAAUACCUCUUUGUGGUGUGAUUCUUUGUCAAAAAUGUCAAUAACCAAGCAGUCCCGCAAUUCCCCAUUUGAUAGCCUACUGUUUGUGAAAAAGACUGGGCCUGUGAACGUAUUUGUUAUUGUAUUAUUUUAUAUUUAAACUACAUUACAUAAUUAAUUAACAAUUAUUAUAUCCAAGCAAUUAUAGUCAAUAAUUAUACAUUGUUAUCUGUUAUCAUAAAUAGUUCACACUAUUAUUUGUCAAUUUUGGAAUGAGUUUAUAUGACAAACACAUUUUUCUCCAAAACGUAGGAUAACCCUCCGGGUAAUAGAACAUGACAUAUAUACUUUAUCUCCUCCCCUUUGUUAUUGUGAGACCUUUGAUGUUGCCCGAAGACUCAUUUCAUUGGUCGUUCAAGAGUCAGAAGGUCUGCUGAAAUCGCUGCUGAUAUGAGGGCCAGUUCAUUUCGGCCAAUCAGCCGUCUGAAGAAACUGAUAGAGCCAGCCAGCCCUAUAUACAACACUGGAUUUUUGUUUCCACUGUAACACAGUAAAACACAUUUUAUAUCACCAUGCCCGGGGAGUGUUAUCUGCUUUAUUGCUCUGAAGACAUUGGACCACAAUUCAGUAGAACUAAGUGAUACAACCUAUAGCCUAAAUCUUGGAUUUAAGUUUGUUUGAUCAUAAGCACCUUGACCUGAGGAUAACAAUGAAGCUUAUAGUAAAAAAGCCAGGGUUGGGCUGGAUCUCCAGGCAAUCUUCUCUCCAUGCUGGUAUUUCCAUGGCAACAAAGCUCAGCUUUUGUUGUAGAAUGAACAGACUGCUGUGAAUCCUUCCCCUGGUUUGGAAUGGACAUUGGUGGCACGCUGGUUAAGCUGGUCUACUUUGAGCCCAAGGACAUAACGGCAGAGGAGGAACAGGAGGAGGUGGAGAGCCUGAAGAGCAUCCGACGAUACCUGACCUCCAACGUGGCCUACGGCGACACUGGCAUCCGCGAUGUCCACCUGGAGCUGAAGAACCUGACCAUGUGUGGUCGAAAGGGCAACUUGCACUUCAUCCGCUUCCCCACCCAUGACAUGCUGGGAUUCAUCCAGAUGGGCAGGGAUAAGAAUUUCUCCAGUCUUCAUACCACGCUCUGUGCCACUGGUGGGGGGGCCUACAAGUUUGAGGAUGACUUCAGGACGGUUGCAAACCUGGAACUACAGAAACUGGAUGAGCUGGACUGUCUCAUCCAGGGUCUUCUGUAUGUGGACUCGGUGGGGUUCAACGGCCGUCCUGAGUGCUUCUUUUUCGAGAACCCCUCUGAACCCGAGAGUGAGAACUGUGUUAAGAGAACGUGUUGCCUUGACAACCCAUUCCCCAUGUUGCUGGUGAACAUUGGCUCGGGGGUCAGCGUCCUGGCCGUCUAUUCCAAGGACAACUAUAAACGGAUCACAGGGACCAGUUUGGGAGGUGGUACAUUCCUAGGCCUCUGCUGCUUGCUGACUGGCUGUGAGACAUUUGAGGAGGCCCUGGAAAUGGCAGCGAAGGGGGACAGCAGCAACGUGGACAAGCUGGUGAAGGACAUCUACGGAGGAGACUACGAACGCUUUGGUCUUCAGGGUUCGGCGGUUGCUUCAAGUUUUGGUCAUAUGAUGAGCAAGGAGAAGCGUGACAGCAUCAGUAAGGAGGACCUAGCGCGAGCCACUCUUGUUACCAUCACCAACAACAUUGGUUCUAUUGCUCGUAUGUGUGCUGUGAAUGAGAAAAUUGAAAGAGUUGUGUUUGUUGGAAAUUUCCUGAGAAUCAAUACUGUGUCAACGAAGCUGCUUGCAUAUGCCAUGGACUUCUGGUCCAAAGGACAAUUAAAAGCUCUCUUCUUGGAGCAUGAGGGUUAUUUUGGGGCCGUCGGUGCCUUCCUGGAACUACUGAAGAUGACAGACGACCUUUGAGACAGAGUCAUGGACAGAGACCGCUCCCACCACAAGAUAUUGCUGCUCUGUGGUUUCAGAAGGGGCUAUUUGAAUAAUUUAACUGUUUUAAGAGGUUUUACUAAUUACCCUCCUUGUCUGCUGAUGUUUUAGAAACAUGAUUUUUAACAUUAUGAAUGCAGGCGAGAGGAGACGUGGUUUGUGUUUUAUUUGCUGAAAAGCAACCUUCCUGGUACUUAUUGUUUCUAAAAACACUAAACUGUAUAUAGUGUGUGCUUAAGCCAAAUGCUACUGAUCCCUGAUCCUGUGUUUUUGCUUUUUUUACUUGUUUGUGAUUCUGAGGGGGGGGGGGCAUGAUAACUUAUUGAUUCCUUAUUUUUUUCUUUUUAUAUUAAGUACUUACAAGAUGUUUAACUGAUCUUUAAUUUAGAAGCAUUUGCUUUCAGCUAGCCUUUGCACUUUUUUCAAUCAACCCAAUGUUCUGUGAUAUGAUUUGAGAUGUAAUCAAAUGUAUUAUCUGACUCUACAUGUGAACAGUAAGCAGUUGCUGUCAACUGCUUCUGUCAACCCUGUUAUCUGCGCUUUAGCCAAUUUGUUAAAUAUUGACCAUUAAGCAGUAGCUACAUUAGAUUGGGUUGAUUUUGCAUAAUGCCACACUGCAAUACCUCCUAAAACAUUUUCAUUAAUGGUUAUGUUCGAUCAGCAACACAAUGACCAGUGUCCUCCCUUGUUAUUCACGGUUGUCCAGUACUGUCUAUAGGGAUCUGUUGGACCAGUAUUGUCUAUAGGGAUCUGUUGGACCAGUAUUGUCUAUAGGGAUCUGUUGGACCAGUAUUGUCUAUAGGGAUCGGUUGUACCAGUACUGUCUAUAGGGAUCUGUUGGACCAGUAUUGUCUAUAGGGAUCGGUUGGACCAGUACUGUCUAUAGGGAUCUGUUGGACCAGUAUUGUCUAUAGGGAUCUGUUGGACCAGUGCUGUCUAUAUUGAUCUCUUGGACCAGUCCUGCCUGUAGAGAUCUGUUGUCCAGUAGCAGUGGAAUGACCAGUGCCCACCAUUCACCUUCCGUAUUCAUUGUAGUCUAGUUCUGUCGUUUCAUAUUCCACGCCUUAUAAUUCAGACGUUGUUUAUCCGACACCAAUAACUAUGGGACCAAGCCUUCUGUACUAAAUCACAGUAGCGCAAUGUGUUUAUUGUGAAUCAUACGUUUCCAAACAUCUUUAUGUGAAACUACUUCUACAUGUAUUCAUUCUCUUUAAAGACGCAGUCCAUGUGUACCUGCUUCUGUAAUCAUCAGUAUGUUUUAUGAACGUAACUAACAGUAAUGCGUGUUUUGGAGGUACUGCGCUGAGUACUCUCAACACUGUUCCAAAGGAGAUUUGACUCCUGUUGUGUCUUGGUUACAUUUCAUGACAUUUCAUGAUGGCAUUUGGUUUCAAGUGAAACUGCAUAGCUGGCCUUAGUGCUGAGAGCUGCAUCCCCUUCUGCCUUCCUGCCACCAAACCCUCAUCUGAACAAUAUACCCAGGCUGCUUCUGAAACGGCGCCCUGUACUGUCAAACUGUGAUCUUGCUAUUGCCUACUUUGACCAGCUAGUGUUCAUUUGGGAAGAAAAACUUGACAUAUUUUUAGUCCAGGGGUCAAGCCUGUUCUUGGAGAGCUACUGUCCUGGUUGUUUUCACUGCAUUUCUUUUUACUCAAACUAUGACUAAAAUCAGUCUAAAAAAACUGGACCAGCGUGCAUGGCCCGACUAUGCUAGUGCACUGCAUUAUAUAGGGUGCCAUCUUGGACUAUUUCAGACUGGAUGAGCUAACAUACUAUCUGAGCAUACUAUGUAACAUACUAUACAAUCUUGAUUUGAGAAGCAAUCGGUGUUAGUAGGAUUUGCUAGCAACAAUUUUGUGUUACCGACACCUGGAAAAUGGUAAUUCUGAAAACGCUAAUGUGUACUCACGUUUGUCCUGUACAACUCCUUCAGGGGUUUCUCCAGUUCAUGCUUUUUUUCUUAAUUACAACCGCAGACCCUUUCCUCAAUAGCGUCUCAUUUACCCAAGGUGUCGACCAAUCAUCAUUUUGGAAAAUUGCGACUUUAACUGACUAUACAAGCUGAGACUCAAUUCAGCAAAAAAGGUUGGUGGUGGUAUUCCUGGAAGGUUUAUGAAAGUAUAAAUUAGUACUCUGUCAUUGUGGUCAAGAGUUUGAAUCCUGGUCAUGUUUCAAAGCCACGGAGCAUGGGUCGAUGUUGGACAGGUUUGCCAUGUAUGUCCUUAUAGUGCUUUGUAGACUCCUAGUGGUAGUUCGGCCACCUGUAAGCUCAAUUGUAGUUGUUGGCUGAGGAAUGUGCUCUGCCCCAGUGUGUAUGUGCUUGUAAUUACGUCCUGGUUGAUAGAGUAGUGUAAUUAAAAGUACACUACUCUAUCAACUGGAGAAAAUAUCUCUAUAUCCAAAUCUCCCAACCUGCUGUAGAGUUUUAGUAAUGAGGCAAAGCCAUAAUUGAGAAUUUGGCUUGAAAUUGGGAGGAGAAAAAUCUCCCUUGGAGGAGAGUAAUUGUGCGGGACAAGGUACAGUUUAGUUGAAUUUUUAGCUGUUGCUAGCAAAUCACUCUAAUGCCAAUCUCUAGAUGUAGAAACUAAAAGGAAAAUGAAAACAAGUUAGGUGUGCUCAGCUAACAUCAAAGUGAUUGUUAUUAAUCCUAAUACAUCCUGAAUGAGAUUCCACCUGCAUGUUGAUUUGAUUUGUGCAUUACACGUUUUAAAUUACUGUAUAUGAUUAGUCAUGGCAAAUUAUGUUACUCUGAACCUGAUUUUACUGGAAUACUAAACUGGGCCUUGUAGCUUCAGCCAUACUUAAUUGUCAUCAUUAAAACUGUUCUUUAA